UUCCCAAUGAGUAAUCGUAGUACAAAUUCCCUGACGUUCUCUCCAUCCCCCCGCUUUUCAGGUGACCCAAAAUUCCCCUCCCGCCGUCUCUUAUCCCACGAGAUAUCUUUUAUCCUCGGUCCCCCAAGGGCCUCUCAUUCGGUCUUCCUUUCUUCCAUCCCCGCUUCUUCCGCCUUCCCUCUGCCUGAAAAAAAUGGUAAUGGCCCGCUACCGCUGCCGAUAUGUAACCCUCUUGUUCCUGUUAUUCCUUGCUAUCCCUGCUACCAUCGGGCAAGGGAGCGACGCGGAUACCUUACUUCAAGCAAGGACCAGCCUAUCCGACUCGGCCGGCCGGCUCCGCGACUGGACCGCCUCCACCACGCCCUGCAACUGGACCGGCGUCGCGUGCGAACCACGCUCCGGCGCCAUCGCCUCCAUUGACCUGUCCAACUUCAACCUCGCCGGCGGGUUCCCUUCCGGCUUCUGUCGGAUCCCCACUCUGCGGCACCUCUCCCUCGCCUGGAACGAUCUCGGUGGCGGCCUCCCCGCCGCCGACGUCGCCCUCUGCUCGGGCCUCGAAGUUCUUAAUCUAUCCAACAAUUUCUUCGUCGGCCGCCUCCCUGAGUUCUCCGGCGAGUUCCCCCGCCUCCGUCUCCUCGACCUGUCCGGCAACAAUUUCUCCGGCGAUAUCCCUCCGAGCUUCGGACGGUUCCCGUCGCUCCGGGUGCUGAGCCUCUACAGCAACCUGAUCUCCGGCCGGAUCCCCUCCUUCUUGGCCAAUCUCACCGAGCUAAUCGAGUUCAAUUUGGGCUUCAAUCCCUUCCGCAGCGGAUCACUACCGCCGGAGAUCGGAAACCUAACGAAGCUCGAGGUUCUCUGGCUCCCGUUCGUGAACCUCGUCGGAGAGAUCCCAGACUCGGUUGGCAACCUCGCCAAUCUCAAGAUUCUUGACCUCUCAAACAAUGGGCUCACCGGACGAAUACCAGCGAGCAUCGGACGGUUGAGGAGUGUCGAGAAGAUGGAACUGUGGCGGAACCAGCUGUCCGGCGAGCUGCCGCAGAGUUUGGGUAACCUGACCUCUCUAUUCGCCUUCGACGCCUCGGAGAACAAGCUCACCGGAAAAUUGCCGGAGGGGCUCGCCGGUCUUAAUCUGACGUCUCUGGCGCUCAACGAUAACCGGAUGGACGGAGAGAUUUCGACGGUUCUUGCCCAGAACCCCCAUCUCGUCGAGCUGAAGCUCUUCAACAACAACUUCUCCGGUGAGCUCCCUUCCGGGUUAGGCCGGUAUUCCUAUCUGACAAACGUCGACGUCUCCGGAAACCAAUUCGCUGGAAGGCUGCCGCCGGAUUUGUGCAGCAGGGGAAUGCUAGAAAGUCUCGUAGCCUUCGGCAAUCGGUUUUCGGGCGAGCUGCCACAGAGCUACGCCGAUUGCCGUACCCUCGACUACGUUCGGAUCCAAAACAACGAGCUCUCUGGCAAGGUUCCAGAUCUCUUUUGGAGCCUCCCAAAACUCUAUCACCUCGAGCUUCGUGGCAACAAGCUCGAAGGAUCUCUGCCUCCAAACAUUUCCCGCGCCAAGAAUCUGACGCAGAUCAUAAUCUCCGACAACAAAUUCUCCGGUCAGAUCCCGCCGGAGAUUUGCGACCUCAUGGAGCUCCGGACGUUCGACGCUGGCAAUAAUCAAUUCUCCAGCGGUCUCCCUCUCUGCAUUGCCGAUCUCACCAAGCUCCAGGUGCUGGAUCUGCAGCAGAACAAUUUCUCCGGCGAGAUCCCGGCCGGCGGGUGGACGGAGCUCGCGGAAAUCAAUCUAUCGAUGAACCGAUUCUCGGGCGAGAUCCCCAGAUCUCUGGGGGAUCUCCCCGUCCUCACCUACCUCGAUCUUUCCGGCAACCAACUCUCGGGCGAGAUACCGCCGGAGCUUACCAACCUCAAGCUCAACCAUCUCAAUCUCUCCGGCAACGACCUCUCCGGAAAAAUCCCCGACGGAUUCGACACCUCCUUCUUCCUCCCGAGCCUCCUCGGAAACCCCGACCUCUGCAGCUCGUCCGGCCUCAAAACUUUCCGUCGGUGCCCAUCGAUAAAACAGAAGGCCCUAAAGCGAAUCGCCGUCACCGUCCUCCUAACGGCCGCCGUUAUGUUCCCCGCGACCGCGGUAGUCCUCGCCGCAGUCUGCUACCAGUUCAGGAGAACCGGCAAGAGGAACGCCGGUCCGCUGUGGAAACUGACGUCUUUCGCCCGGGUCGGGUUCGACGAGUCGGAGAUCUUCGAGUGCUUGACAGCGGAGAACUUGAUCGGGAUCGGUGGUUCCGGCCGGGUGUACAAGGUGAGCCUGAAGUCCGGCCAGAUCGUGGCGGUCAAGAGGCUCUGGACCGGACCGGAUGGGCAGAAUUCGGACCGGGAGUUCCGGUCCGAGAUGGAGACGCUGGGGCGGGUGCGGCACUCGAACAUCGUAAAGCUCUUGUUCUGCUGCUCCGCGGAGGAGUGCAGGGUGCUGGUGUUCGAGUACAUGGAGAACGGGAGCCUCGCGGAGACGCUUCACGGGAACAAGGGAGAUCAACCGUUGGAUUGGGAACGGAGGGUUAAGAUUGCGCUGGGGGCAGCGAGGGGGUUGGCGUAUUUGCACCACGACUGCGUGCCGACGGUCAUACACCGGGACGUGAAGCCGAGUAAUAUACUGUUGGACGCGGAGUUUGAGGCGCACGUGGGUGAUUUCGGGUUGGCACGUGUUGUGGGGCGGGAGACGGAGGACCACAGCGCGAUGUCCAACGUGGCAGGAUCCUGCGGCUACAUCGCUCCAGAAUAUGCAUACACCUUAAAAGUAAAUGAGAAAAGCGAUGUAUAUAGCUUUGGGGUAGUUUUGCUCGAACUGGUUACUGGGAAGAGAGCGAUCGACCCCUCCUUUGGAGAGCAGAAAGACAUCGUCCAGUGGGUGAUUGAUACAAUUUCUCCAAAACGAGCUAUUGAAGUCAGUGAUAUGGACUAUGAGUUUCUGAUUGACCCCAGAUUACGCCCAUUCACUUUCUCCGAGUACAAAGAAAUGGUUCGGGUCUUGAACGUGGCACUUUUGUGCACCUCAGCCUUUCCCAUGAAUCGCCCCUCCAUGAGAAGGGUUGUGGAAUUGCUCAGUGACCGCAGGGAUAUGAAUCCAGUGGUGCAAGACCAGUAACAGUGGGCAUAUGACUGUGGAUCUUACCGUCUUUAACUUGUUCCAGUAGCUCUUCCUGCUUUGAGUUCUUUGGCUUUUCCUUUAGUUUCGAUAAUGUUAUCUUCUUUCCUCCUUGAACAGUAAAGGGGUAAAAAGAUGAGAGUAUGGUGUAUUGCCUGUCUCCUCUAACUCUUCAAGUUCUUAUCUGCAGGAAAACAACUCUCCUUUUUGAUAUAUUAGAGUGAAAAUUGGUGCUCA